CUUUUUGCGGGGUUUGCGCUACCGGGCUUUAUCGCUCCGCCGCCUCGCGACUGCACGAGUUUUUUUUUUUUUUUUUUGGGCUGAAGCAGCUGCGUGCGCGCGAUAGGAAACUGUAUUUUAACCGAGCUGAAAAGUGGCGUUAAAUCUCCCCAAAGUUGAGCCGAGCAGGUCGAGCGUUCGAUAAUGCGUGUCCGCGCGUUUCCUCCACGGUUUACUCGGGUUGAACAGCGUCUCUCUCCGCCAAACGGCCGCUUUCCUCAGACGCAAACAGCGCGUUUGUUUUUCCAAGACUGAAUCCACAACUGAGAAAUGUGUUGUUCUCUAAAGGGCUUGGUGAUCACCAAUACCCGCAAAGUCGCAAGGAAAUGGGCCCCUAAAUAGACUGUUGAUGGCAGCGAAAAGGAAAUACAUGGACACAGAAUUACCCCCUCAGGAAUCCGAAGACCUCUUCCAGGAUUUAAGCCAACUCCAGGAAACAUGGCUCACAGAAGCCCAAGUUCCUGACAGCGAUGAGCAGUUUGUUCCUGAUUUCCAUUCUGAGAACUCGGUGGCAUUCCACAGUCCUCCGGUCACUAUCAAGAAGGAGCCUCAGAGCCCAGGCUCCGACCCCAGCCAGUCCUGUAGCCACAAGCAGACCUUCAGCUACCCCAGCGGAGAGCAGUGCCUUUACGCCAGUGCCUAUGAGCAGAAAAGGGCUGCAGGAGGAGCCAAGAGCUCCUGCCCAGGGACUCCCAUGUCUCCUAUGCAGCAGCAUUACUCCCCCAAACCUGCCGCAGCUGGACGGGCCGACGCCGGGUACAUGAACCCCACCGCCACCUCCCAGCCACUGCCCAGCAACAGUUACCCCAUGAACGCCAGUUCCAGGUAUCAGGGACCUGCAGGAGAGCCAAUGUGCCCCCAGUUCCCCCCACAAGGCCAGACCUUCCAGCGAAUGCCAUCCGCCCCAGCGGGACAUGGUGGCAGCGCCGUCAGCGGGGGAGGAGGGCCGGGCGGAGGUGGUGGGGGGUUCCACCGUCAGCACUCUGACCCCUGCGUGCCCUAUCUUCAGCAGAGCUUUAAGCAAGAAUACCUGGACCCGCUGUACGAGCGGGCGGCCCAAAUGGCGGGGCCCGGCCACGCAAGCGGACCGGCGCACGGACCUCCCCGCCACCCGCAUCCACACUCGCAGCAGCAGCCGCCGCAGCGGUUUCCACCGGCCCACAUGAUGGUGAAGCAGGAGCCUACAGACUACACCUACGAACCUGAUGUGCCUGGAUGUCCCUCCAUGUACCACCACAGCGAGAGCUACCCAAACCCACAGCACGGCACCGAAGGCUAUCUGUUUGAGAACGAUUCCCGUGUGGUUCCAGAGAAGUUUGAAGGUGAAGUGAAGCAGGAGGGGGGCGGUAUUUUCCGUGAGGGCACACCUUACCAGCGCCGAGGCUCCUUGCAGCUGUGGCAGUUCUUGGUGGCUCUGCUGGACGACCCGGGUAACGCCCACUUCAUUGCGUGGACUGGACGAGGCAUGGAGUUCAAACUUAUUGAACCUGAGGAGGUCGCCAGACUCUGGGGGAUGCAGAAGAACCGUCCUGCCAUGAACUACGACAAGCUGAGCCGGUCUCUGCGUUACUACUAUGAGAAGGGCAUCAUGCAGAAGGUUGCUGGAGAACGCUACGUCUACAAGUUUGUGUGCGAACCAGAGGCCCUCAUCUCCCUCGCCUUCCCAGACAAUCAACGGCCAAACCUGAAAGCAGAAUUUGAGAGAUACAUUAAUGAGGAAGACACGGUGCCCCUUUCCCACCUGGAUGAACACACACCUAACAUGGGCCCGCAGUAUUCAAAAGGCUACAUGUACUAAAGCUAAAGAACAUAAUCUUCUACAUAAACACUUGUAUAUAGCCUACUGUUGGAUUUCUAAGGCCUAAUCUGUAAACAUGACUGUGGUUGAAGGCAUUGCUCAAUAAAGACAUGACACCUACA